CUUUAAAAUUAUUAACACUUUAAAAUUAUUACUCUAUCAAACAAUUAAUGUGUAAAAUUAUUAAUCUAUCAAAUAAUUAACUUUGCAAAACGUUAAAACGGGAUAAUUCUGUAAAAAAUGUCAUCUUCUGGGUUAUCGAUGUUGUAUGAGAUAUUGGUUUCGGAAUCGAAGUAUGAGUCUCGGGGUGUGGAGUACCGUUCAAGGCUGCGUGCGCUUUACAAUCAGAUGUUACGGGAGCAUGAGCUCCACCACGAGCCUGUGUACAAAUUAACUAAGCAGUGCAGUAACAAGUUUGUGGAAUCUCUGAGUGAGUCUGUACGAGUCUUAGAUCCUACAGAAGUCCAGUCUACAGAUUUAGAACUUUGUUACGGCGUGCAUCAGUAUGUGUUUCCAAAGAUCCCCGAUUUAACAGCGUUAGAUUACCAAUUUCUAGACAAGUGGCACAAGUUUUACAGUAACUUGACACAGCCACAGGCUGAACGGAGAAUCAAACGCACCUCAGAGAAACAGAAAACUUACCAAAUGAUCAAGCGGAGAUAUGUCAGAGACUCCGAAUCAUCCUCUGAAUCGGAUGAAUCCAACGUUAAAUCUAACGAACCCGUUGUGAUCACCGAGGCGGAUUUUUGCUCAGAGAAUAAAGUUAAUACUGUGGACACUGUAGAAAAUACUGAAACAGUGACCAAAGAUGAACCGGCUGAUGAUAAUAAGAUGGAACCGGAUGAUCCAGAGCUAGAGGGUGAAAAAUUGGAAGACUCAGAUGUGGUUGACAGUAACGUUGUGAUCCCGAUAAUAAUAAAUAAGGAAGUGGAAAUCACCGAUGAGUCCAUAGUGUUUGGUCUUAUGGACGAGGAAAAGUUAAACGACUGGGUCUCAACCACGUCGUUUGAUCAUUACUUAGAACUUUUUAAGCUUAUUUAUCACUGUGACAAUAGUUUACAGAGCUGUGACGUGGAACCUGAGGUUACUCCUGAAGUGUCAGAAGUCCAGAGUAAAGUUGACAGAGUAGAAACAAUUAGUAUAAGUCAGAACACUGUGAGUAGUAACAGUAGUCUUGACGAUGUGAUGAUUGGGAUAAACGACUUUUACAGAAAGAGUAACCCUGAAGUCUUACCCGGGAAUUACACACACAACCCCGAACACUUCGAUCCCAACUCCAUCUACGGUAACUACUAUCUUCCUCCUCAUAAUCACUCUAACUCUAUGGACAGUGUUAACACUGUAGAAAGUGUUAACCCUAUGGAAUCUGUAAACCCUGUGGAAUCUGUAAACCCUGUGGAAUCUGUAAACCCUGUGGAAUGUGUCAACAAGGUGGAAAGUGUGGAAAUAAUGAGAGUGAAAAGUUACAGUAUAAACUUUAUGGAGGUGAAUACGAGUUAUUACUAUAGUGAUGCAGGUUUAUUUGAGUUGGAUUGUAAUGCGGUGAUUAGGGAGCCGUUUAUAUCCCGGAUAAUGCGGGGGAACAUGGAGGAGAGUACGGGUUUGUACCAGGAGUUACAACUACUGUUAAAAAAGCUCUUUUCUCUCAAGAGGAAGAUUACUGGGAAUUGCCCGGUCUGCUCAGGCUGGAACUUGUUACACGGGAUCGCAACUACGUUCUGUGAAUACUGCGAAGAUAAGUUAGCUAAUUCAGAUCCCACAUUGCUGCUGAGCAUGUAUGAGAUUAGACGUUACCUGGUCUCCACAGUGUAUCCAAUUGUAGGAUACACUUAUAACACUGUUAACCUGUUCACUAAUGGAGAAUUGAGUAAAAAUUGGCUUACAGAGUUACGGGGACAGAAAGUGUCAAUUCAGUCGUUGACCAGUGUUGGGUCUACAUAUCCCAAAGCCUCGUUACACGAUGGCAGAACACUGCCAAAUCCCACUCUUCUACCCACCAACAUCUGUCACACAAUUAAUACCUUUCAGUUCCCAAAAUCCAAUCAUAUACAUAGUGUUGAGGAGGGGGACACAGAUGACAGUGUGCACACAGAUGAUAGUGUUGACACUGAGGAAGAAGAGUUUAGGGUGAAAUCGGAGGUUGAAACGCCGAAUUAUGCCUACGGCACCUCCGAGAUGAACUACACGAACAAUAUUCUCAACACUACCAAUAGUGUAAAUAGUACCAAUAGUACCAAUACUAUUAAUAGUGUUAGUAGUGUGAAUAGUGUGAAUAGUGACGGUAAGAUGUUGUUGUAUGGAUUAAUGGACUUGGUGAAUUACAGGCGUGUUUGUAGGGGUAGGUUACUGAACAAUUUCUUUGAGGAGAUUUUCAACAGUUUUCACUCGAAGCUGACAUCGCAACGGUCCGCUAAACUUGUCAAUCACUACAAUUUCAUACUUAAAUCUGGAUUACUCCCGUCAAACUCUCAAACAGACUGUAAUACUCAGGACACUACGGAUAGUUCAGUGGAGAUUAAUGAGGCGGUGGAUGACCGAGAGUAUUAUGAUGAUAAUGUGUCGUAUGUAUUGAGUAGACUACCGCUGGACACGGAUUUGAUAAAGUUGUCAUUUUACCACCGGGGCAUCUUUUUAUCCAAGUCCAACAAUCUCAAAACUCUCAACUUCCUACACAUCGGGAAACUCUUCGGAUUCCACAAUACUAACCCUGUGAACAAUGCUAAUAGUGUUAAUAAUGUGAAUAGUGUUAACAAUGUGAAUAGUGUUAAUAGUGUGAAUAGUGUUAAUGGUGUUAAUAGUGUGAACAGUGUGAACAAUGUUGGUGGUGGUACAGAACUGGAGGGUGUGGAGUUGGAUCCGGUGGACAGUGUAGAUUCUGUAGACACUGAGAGUAAAUCAGUAGUGGAUUCAGUAUGCACAGGGUUGGAUUCACUGUGUACAGAUGUGAUGUAUAAUUACAACUGGCAUGAGAUGUUACAUCGUAAUUUACACAAGGAACAUUAUCUCCACACCAAUCACACACCAACCAAUCAAACACUCAUUAACUCACUCACCAAUAGUAAUAGUAGUGAGUGUGGUGAGGAAAAUUUGGAGAAUGAAAGAGUGAGGGAGUUGGUGGAGGAGAUGUGUGAGAAGGAAUUACUGGAGAAUAUGCCGACACCAGUACUCAAGAACUUCAUCACAACAAAAAGAGUGCGUAUUGGGUAUCCUACGAGUUUGGAGAUGUACAUGUUGGGUAUCCCGGACUCUAUAAUGGACUCUGGUAUGUACGGGAUUGGUAAGGGCUUUUCCUACUCCUUGGAAAAUGUUAUCUACAACCUCGCACUGCUCAGCUCCUUCAUACGCAUCGGCACCGUCAACAAACACAAGAAAGUCAAAUAAAUUUUUUUACCCAAUUCUCUAAUAAGAUGUAGUAUUAAUAUAUUUUAAGGAUUUA